AUGCCUCCUCUGCUUUCCCCCUCUCUCCGCUUCUGUCUGCGUGGUGCUCCCCUCUCUGCUCUUUCUCGUCCCUCUUUCUCUCCCGCCUUCCCCUUCGUUUCUACCCGAUUCUUCCACCGGUCCGACGGGUCCUCGUCCAUCAUGUCCGACGUAGCCGUCCAGUUGACUGCCCCCAACGGGCGCAAGUACUCCCAGCCCAUUGGUCUUUUCAUCAACAACGAGUUUGUUCCCUCCAAGUCGGGGGAGAAGUUUGCUACCAUCAAUCCUUCCGAUGAGUCGGAGAUCACCUCCGUGUUUGCUGCGGGUGAAGAAGACGUUGACAUUGCCGUCAAGGCGGCCCGCAAGGCUCUCAAAGACCCCUCGUGGAAGCUAUUGCCCGCGACGGAUCGUGGAAAUCUCAUGCUCAAGUUGGCCGAUCUUAUCGAUCAGCACAGGGAAACCCUGGCCACGAUUGAGACGUGGGAUAAUGGCAAGCCGUAUUCCGUCUCUCUGAAUGAUGACCUGGGUGAAGUCAUCAACACCAUCCGCUAUUGUGCCGGAUGGGCCGACAAGGUCCACGGUCAGACCAUUAGCACCACGCCCGCCAAGUUUGCCUACACGCUCCGCCAGCCGAUCGGUGUGGUGGGCCAGAUUAUCCCCUGGAACUUCCCCUUGGCCAUGGCCGCGUGGAAAUUGGGUCCCGCCCUGGCCUGCGGAAACACCAUUGUCAUGAAGCCUGCCGAGCAGACCCCCCUCAGCAUUCUCUAUCUGGCCACCCUUAUUAAGGAAGCUGGCUUCCCUCCUGGUGUUGUCAACAUCCUGAACGGAUUCGGCAGAGUUGCCGGAAGCGCCUUGGUGACCCACCCUGGCGUCGACAAGGUCGCCUUCACGGGAUCGACCAUGACCGGCCGCGAGAUCAUGAAGAUGGCCGCUGGCACUAUGAAGAACAUUACCCUCGAGACUGGCGGCAAGUCGCCGCUGGUUGUCUUCCAGGAUGCGGACCUCGACCAGGCCGCUAAGUGGGCUCACAUCGGCAUCAUGUACAACCAGGGCCAGGUUUGCACGGCCACCUCCCGUAUCCUGGUGCACGAGUCAGUGUACGACAAAUUUGUCGAGCUGUUCAAGGAGGCCGUGGUCUCUACCAGCAAAGUGGGCGACCCCUUUGCCGACGACACCUUCCAGGGACCCCAGAUCACCAAGGCUCAAUACGAGCGGGUGCUCUCCUACAUCGAAAGCGGCAAGUCGGAGGGCGCGACGCUCGUCAGCGGCGGCGAGCCGUACAAGAACGUCGGCGAUGGCAAGGGCUUCUUCAUCGCCCCGACCGUCUUCACCAACGUCACAGACAACAUGCGCAUCUAUCGUGAGGAGGUGUUUGGUCCUUUCGUGGUGAUCGCCAGCUUCAAGACCGAGGAGGAGGCCGUGACCCGUGCCAACGACACCACGUACGGUCUGGGUGCGGCGGUGUUCACCCGGGACAUUGAGCGCGCCCACCGCGUGGCGUCCGACAUUGAGGCCGGUAUGGUCUGGAUCAACAGCAGCAACGAUAGCGACUUCCGUGUGCCGUUCGGUGGCGUCAAGCAGAGCGGUAUCGGUCGUGAACUGGGCGAAGCCGGCCUCGAGGCGUAUUCGCAGAUCAAGGCGGUGCACGUCAAUAUGGGCACGAAGCUGUAA